GCUUCCCAGAGCACAACUGAGCAUUUUUCUCAAGCACUGAGGAUUAAAACACUUGAACACUACCUGACUACGAUGGACCAACGCACUGAAAGAGGCAGCAGAAAGAUGUUCAGCGCUGCAUGCAGAGCUGCAUUCCACUCUGUGCAGGGCACCACCACCACUCAGCAACAGAGAACUUUACCAGUUCCAUCUCGGACUGCUAACCAGUCACAGAAAGAUGAAACUGAAAAACUGAAGGAAAAGAUAAAACAGCUGCAAGAGAGGAACAUGAAGUUGCAGCAAGACCAACUCCUAUAUGAGAGAGAAAUCUCAAAAUUCCAGAGGAACAACCAGAGUCUUUCCUCUAAACUCAGGACCACCCAACAGGAGCUGCAGACCCAGACAGAUCAGGUAACAGCCCUGGAGAAAAGGGCAUGUCUGCAGAAACUCUCCAGACACAUAGAGCUCCAAGCACGUCUGGACCAAGCCAGAAAAGAGGCAGGAGACCAGCAACAGCUACUUCAGCUGGAGCUCAGAAACCUUCAGGUGGAUUAUCAGACACUCCUGUCAGAAAAGGAGGACCUUCUGAAGGAGAAUCAAUGGCUGCACCAGAUCCUGGAGGAGAAGGAGGACCUCUUGCUGGAAAGAGAAGUGCUGGUCAAGACCAAAGACGGACUGGACAAAAAGGUCGGACUGCUCAUGGCUGAUAAAGUCCAGGCAGAAGCUGCACUGGAAACUGAAAGGAACAACAACGCCAAGUCUAGCCAGCUGCAGCAAGAGGAAAUCCUUCGACUGCAGGACAGUAACAAAGACAUGGAGACAAGAAAUAAAUGUCUUCAGGAGAGUAACAGAGAGCUGGAAGAAAAAAACAAAUGCCUCGAACAUGCCAACGAAGAAAUGGUGGUAGUGAACCAGCUCCUCCAACAAAGUAACAGAGAAUUGGAAGUAACCAACCAACGCCUUCAGGAGAGUAGUAAAGAAAUGGAGGCAAGAAAUAAAUGUCUUCAGGAGAAUAACAAAGAGUUGGAAGAAAAAAACAAAUGCCUCGAACAUACCAAUGAAGAAAUGGAGGAAUCAUACAGACGUCUCCUAAAGUCCUACAACGAUAUCGAGGAAACCAACCAACGCCUUCAGGAGAGUAGUAAAGACAUGGAGACAACAAAUAAAUGUCUUCAGGAGAAUAACAGAGAGUUGGAAGAAAAAAACAAAUGCUUAGAACAUUCCAACGAAGAAAUGGAGGAAUCAUACAGACGUCUCCUAAAGUCCUACAACAAUAUCGAGGAAACCAACCAACGUCUUCAGGAGAGUAGUAAAGACAUGGAGACAACAAAUAAAUGUCUUCAGGAGAAUAACAGAGAGUUGGAAGAACAAAACAAAUGCCUCGAACAUACCAAUGAAGAAAUGGAGGAAUCAUACAGACGUCUCCUAAAGUCCUACAACGAUAUCGAGGAAACCAACCAACGUCUUCAGGAGAGUAGUAAAGACAUGGAGACAACAAAUAAAUGUCUUCAGGAGAAUAACAGAGAGUUGGAAGAAAAAAACAAAUGCUUAGAACAUUCCAACGAAGAAAUGGAGGAAUCAUACAGACGUCUCCUAAAGUCCUACAACGAUAUCGAGGAAACCAACCAACGCCUUCAGGAGAGUAGUAAAGAAAUGGAGGCAACACACAAAAGUCUCCAAGAGACUAUCAAAAAAUUAGAAAAAACAAACGAAGACCUCCGGGAGCAAAGUAAUAAAACAGAGAUAAGAAACCAAAACCUCCAAGAGUCUGUUAAACAAAUGGAGGCAAAGCACAAACUCCUCCAGGAGAAGAUUGAUAAGAUAGAGGCCUUCAGUAUUGAACUCCAGCAGCAGAAGGAAAAAGCAGAUACCAGCAAAAAGGUACUGGAGGAGGAGUAUAAUAAUCUGCUGGAGGAAAAACAGUUUAUGGAGGAAGAGAGAAAAAUCCUGGAGGAGGAAAAUCAGAAGCUUCAACUUCUGAGUCAAAAGACUAAAAAAAGAGGUUUCUUUAGUUUGUUCCAGAGGAAGACAGAGGAGGAGAAAAUGCAAAAGAAAGAAAAGAAAAUGAAGAAACUGAAAGAAAAAGAGGAGAAGAAAAAGCAGCAAGAAAAAGAAGAGAAGAAAGAGCUGCAAAUGAUGGAAAAGGAAGAAAAGAAGGAGGAGAAAGAAGAGAAGAGGAAGAAGAAGAAAGGCGGUCGGAGCUGGUUCCACUAACCAAGUGUAGAAAAAUCACUAGCAUUAGGAUAAUUGGAUCUAUAAUUUGGCCCCAAAUUGAAAAGAAAAGAAAAAAAUAAUUCAAAUUCAAAUAAAUCAAACCAAAUAAACCAAAGUAAAUAUAUAUGUGCAUGUGUGUACUUCUCUGAAUCCUCUACAGCUGCACCACAUUCUGACUGCUGGAUGUUGCUUUUGUUGUACGAACACUUUUGUUUUUGAUUUGAACAGGAUUAAAGGUUUCUGCAGGUUACAAUAGCUUGAUACUUUAUUGACCCUUUGCAGGAAGUGAUGUUGUUAUAACAGCUACAGUCACAUUAUAACCACAUAAAACAUUUGAGCACAGAAUCUAUUUGCAGAGGCGCUAAAUGUACUGAAAACUCUGAAGACGUGUGAAAAACAAUGUGCAAAAAUGUACAACAAAAAAAGUCAUGUAAGUACAUGCAGUGUGUAAAAAUGUGAAAAAACAACUAUGUAAUGUAAAGUUAUACUGUGUACAAAAUAUAAUGUGUAAAAAUGUGAAAAAACAACUAUGUAAUGUAAAAUUAUACUGUGUACAAAAUAUAAUGUGUAAAAAUGUGAAAAAAUGAAAUAUGGAAAUAUAGUGUACAAAAAUGUAAAAAUUAAAAAAGUUAAUGUAAAAAUAUAUAUUAUGCAAAAUACAGUGUGUGUGUGUGUGUGUGUGCGUGCGUGCGUGCGUGCGUGCGUGUGUGUGCGUGUAGCAGUGUGGACUCUAAUGUAGUUAGGAAAAGUGAGGAACAUACAGAGAUGACAUCAUUGUCAUCACAUGACCUCUUGCUCCUCUGACAUCCUUCUGAACAGCAGGUUUUAUAGUGUGCAGUUCAUUGGUAAAAGUGUUUUCAGUUCUGACCUGUUGUGUCUUAAUUGUGACAGCAGUGUUGGAACAGUGUCCUAAUUCUACCUUCUAGUGUUCACUUUUUGAAAAAUGUGUGCUAUGAGUGAAAAAGUGUGUUCAAAUGAGCAAAAAACAUGUUCAGUCUUUUGCAAAAAGUGCAAGAGUUUUGGAAACUGUGUACAAACCAUGAAUAGUGUUCAAGGUUUUGACAGCAGAGUCCUGUUUUUGAGAAAUGUGUGCAGUCAGUUGGUGGCUGAGUGCAGUGAAUGGAAUUUAAUGUCGAGAAAAAAUUGUAUUAGCCUUGUGUUUAUGGUUUUAUGGCUUUUUUCCCCCUUUUCUUUUCUUUCCCCUUUCUGUAAAGCUCUUUUUUAUUUUAUUUUAUUUUAUUUUAUUUUAU